GAAGUGUGUCAGGUUGGGAAACGUCAUCAUUGUUGUGGUGUUUAGAUACUGGGCCCAUACAGCGAUGGACCUUGUCACUGUGUGCCACCAGCUGUUAGCAUAUUAGCAGUCACAUCUGAGGCCAUGGCCGAGAAGAGCCAGCAGCUCAGCGAGUCUGCGGUGAUCCGCAGCCUCAGGCGCUUCCGAGACAGAUAUUUUCCUAACAGUGGGAAGGCGGUGAAAGAUGUCUUCAAGCCUGAUGUAGACACGGGAGAAGAAACUCAACCGGAUUUUUUGAAUAGCUUACCGGUGGACGUACAGUUCCUGAUCAUGACCUUACUGUCUCCUGCUGAUAUCUGCUGCCUGGGAGCCACAUGUCAGUACUGGAGAGCCAUGGUUAGAGACCCAUUACUGUGGAGGUACUUCCUACUCAGGGACAUGCCAUAUUGGCCCUCCAUUGAUCAUGUGACCAUGCCCCAGCUGGAUGCACCAUUGAUCGAUGAAGAUGAGAGCCUGGAUGACAGAGAAGAGUGGGAAGACAAAGGGAUGGAAUCGAAGAUUGACUACAUGUCAGAAUACAUGAAGGGCUGUCCAUCCUGCAGACAACAGUGGCUUCCUUCGCGGCCUGCGUAUAAAGUUGUGACUUCAUUUCUUCAGUCUCUGGUGCCUUCACCUGAACCACGUUAUGCCAUGUUUGGCCCCGGCAUGGAGCAGCUGGAUGUCUCUUUUGUCACAAGGCUCAUGCAUGCCCCAGAUGUGCUUCCUGUUUCAGGCACUCCUCACAGACAGAUAAAUGGUAUCGGCUCGGGGAUCAGUUACAUGUUCAACAACCAACACAAAUUUAAUAUCCUGACUCUGUACUCAAGCAAUAGGGCAGAGAGGGAAAGAGCCAAAGUGCAGCAGCAGAGCAUCAGUAAUAAACUUUUUACCUUUGAGGGAACAGAUGACUCAGGCUACCCAAUCUACCGCCCUGCCCCCCAGGUUCAGCAAGUGUGCCAGGUGGUGGAUGGUUUUAUCUAUGUAGCCAAUGCAGAGCCUGGGAGAGUAGGUGAGGCCAAGUCUGAGGUGGCUCACAUUCGGGCUGUUCUGAGCUCUGCCGAGGGUUCAGCACCCAGACCUCUGCUGGUGCUCUCCUGCGUCUCAAGAGAAGAACCGGAAGUCGUCAGGACAACCAGCCUGCAAGCCGUUACCAGCAGAAACAGGACCAGGUGUCGAACUCCCUGUGUUGACGUGGCAAAGAGACUUGGCCUACUCCAACUGACUAACCCCUGGAUGGUGCAGGAUACAGUAGCAGAAUCCCUGUCAGGUCUUCUGGAUGGCAUUUCCUGGUUGCUGAGGUGUUCUGGAGUCAAACUCUAUGGUAGCCAGUGACCUCACCUCUGCUGCUGCCAGAUAAAUUAAAACCACAGACGUCAUUCCUGUGUCAUCCUAACACAGAGACACCCUACAGCAUUUCCUGAAUAAUGCACUGUAGACCAUGUGUGCGAUGGAUGCCUGAGGGAAGCAGUGCCCGUGGAAUUUAAUGAAUUUGACGAGCAGCAGUGGGAACAGACACUCUGUUUUAAUUUACAGAACAACAUUUACAAAGAGUGUUAUGAUGGAAUAGUAGCGGGGUAUAAUGCAUUGUGCAGGACUAUAUGAACUUCAUGUUGUGUUAAAAGUAAUUCCUGUUUAUGGAAUCUAUUAUUUUUUCAUCCAAUAGCAUUGCUGGCUCCAUGAUUCCUGUGAGUGUGUACCAGCAACCUUCCUGUGAAAAAGAAAGUCAACUUAUAUAACUUUUAACAAAGAUAAGAUUUGUAGAGCUAAAUUGUAAAACAGCAAUUACAUAUAAUUAUUUCUGAACAUUUUAUGCAAGUAAAAAAUGUGUCUUUUUGAUAAAUGUGAUAAAUUUAUGUUGCAUCUUCUGUUUGUUGCACUAUUACUGUGUUCUACAAAGUGCUUCAGAAUAACACAUGCUUAUAGCUUGUGGUGAAUAGUCACUUUUUUUUUUUUUACCAAUUCUGCCAAGUCCUUACUGAAUAUCUGUGAAACAACUACUGAAACGCUGUUACGUAAUCACAGUGACAAAAAUCUGUACACACUCACAUAUUUCUUCUUAUUUCUUUUCUUUUUGUUACUUUUUACAUAUUGCCAUUUGGUGAACAGUAGGAGUUUACACCCUUUCCACUCUGGUUCAAGUAAUUUGACACAGACUUGCCCUGUGGUUCCUUUCCUCUGACGUCAGCACUGGAAUGAAAAGUUGAAUCCACAUCUGUAAGACAGAAAGCAUGAGACGACAUCCCCCGUUGAGCCACCAGGGAGCGCUACUUGCAGCGUUAGACCAGCUAAUGUGAGCUCAGUCUUUGUAACUGAGUUUGUCCUUUUAUUUUGUAUUUUACAGAAGUUGAAUGUUGCUUAAUAACAUGUUUGUCAAAUAGGAAAAAAAGAGAAUAAAUUCAGUUUUCAAUGAC